UAAAAGGUGCAAGCAAUUCUUGUAGUCAAGCGGUUCUAUUCCGUUAAUCUACUAUCUGCCUACUAUCUAGAGUAGGGUCAAAACCUUCAGCUCGAAGAAUAAAUCAUGCGAAUUUUGCUUAUUAUUUGCGUCUUGGUGGCAAGUUGGCAGCUAGUCGCCAGCAAGCCCGCAGGUCCAGAAUUGAACUUGACUGCAAAUUAUGCUUAUGCUUACGCUCUAGACAUUGACAAACCAGUCUCUUAUGAUGGUUUCAAUUGCAUCAAGCAGUAUCGCUAUAGUGCUGUAUUUAUCAGGGGCUAUGAUCCUGCUGGGCAAGGUAGAUUCGAUGUCAACGCUGUUAACAACAUUCACUGUGCUAGCCAAGUCGGACUUGGAACUGAAGUAUUUAUGACUCCACAAAAAAAUUCAAUCAAAAGAGGUGCAGACCAGUUUAUGGAAAUAUACACCGGCUUACUACACGGUAACAUCCAAAUGAAAACUCUCUGGGUGCAGGUGACCUCUCCGAUCCACUGGGACCAAAAUAUCGAAAGUAACAUUGCUUUCCUCAAUGAAAUUAUAAUCACCGCCAACAAAUAUGGUGUCAUUGUCGGCUUCUAUACAAAUGCCUACGAUUGGAGCCAAAUCACCAGCAAUGCAAAUUUAGAAGGAGCUAUGCUAUGGUACUGGAAUGUCUAUGGCGGAGGCGUCAGUGGGGAAACUCCAGCCAACUUUGACGAUUUCCAUCCAUUUGCUAGAUUCUUGCAACCUGUUGCCAAACAAUUUGGACAACAGGAAAAUGUCUGCGGAAUCAUAGUCAACAGGGACGUAUACUCGCUGAAUGGCUUGAAAUACUCAGCUGUCCCUGUAUCAGAGAAAGCCAAUGAUCGAGUUGUAGUCGGCACUCUUUUGGAAGGAUCUCACAUUAGGAAUGGUCUUCUAAAAAGCAACUAGAUGAUAACAAAUGUCUCAUUCUUCGAUGUACAUUCACUCAUCUUUGAAUAAAACUAGGAAAUUUUAUAUGAAGAGUCAACCUUUUUCAACAGGGUG